AUGACGACCUCGACUACGCCUACCACACAGAAGCCAUGCGCGCUCCCCGAGCUGCCAGCAGAACUACGCAACCGCAUCCACCGAUACACCCUAUGUCAAGAAGGCAUCUUGAGGAUCACAAAAGGCAACUUCCAGCACCCGAGCUUGCUCCGCACCUGUCAACAAAUACGCAACGAGGCAUCAGGCAUUUUCUACCAAGAGAGCGAGAUCUCCUUCCGGCUUCACGACUUCAACCCAGAUGUUGCCCUGAGCUUCAACAAGCACCGCCCCAGCCAUUGGGGCCCAGCAAGAGUUGACUUCGGCAAGAACCCGACCAGCUGGACCAACUUCUUGAGCCUAAUGAGAGCCGUAUUCGAGGACGAGGUUGUGGCCAUGGGAACCAUUGAUGACGACAAGACCAUUCAAGGCACCAGGAAGACAGCUUGGAACGUCGCUGCUGCUGCUGCACACAUGAUAUCGAAGCUUGAGGACGCAGGAGGAUCUUGGAAUGAUGCGGUAGAGGUCUUGGGUCACUAUAAGGUGGCGACUGAGCCACUGAUUCAUUGGACUUGA